AUGAUGGCCGCUCGUCGGCUCACCAAGCUCGCCCUUCUGCUCCUCAUCGCACUCGCUACUACGAGCAACUUAAAUCCCGGCAUCCUCGCCGACGCGCAAAGCCUGAGCGCCUCGCAAGCCGCGUACAUCGCUUCCAAGGCGAAGACGCUUCGCGCGCAGGCCAAUCAGGCGAAGGCUGACCUGGACAAGGCGCAGGCGGUGCUCGACACACGCCUGGCGGACGAGCGCGACGCGGCGAAGAAAUCCGCGGACGCGGACGCAGAGGCGGACGCCGCCAUGGCGGAUUUGAACGAGAAAAAGGCGGCGCUGGAGCAGGCGAAGCAGGAGCAGGAGGUGACGCGUCAGGCGGCGAUUGAGGCGAAGCAGACGACGAAGGACGAGCGCGAGUACUACGAUGAGCUCGAUUCGCAAGCCCAGGAGGCCGUUUUUGACGAAGCGGAAGCGGCGAAAGACAUAUUAGAUGCUCAAAAUCGACUGGAAACGACGAAAAUGAUAAUGAGUGAGCAAACGAAGAUCGCCGCGGAGGCGCUCGCCGAAUCUACCUCCGCGGCUCGGAGCGCGGCGAAGCUCGGCACUCCCGAGGCGAAGGCGUACCAGCUGGAAGCGUACAACAUCAAGCUGCAAUCGGAUCGAAUCUUAGUGGCGGUUCAGAAGCAGGCGGCAAACGCGGAGUAUCGAGUUCAGUCGCGAACGGCGGAGCACGACAGUAAGGUUCAGGACAAAGCCGACACGCGAAGCGCGGCCGACGAGCAGAAGGCGGUGAAGGAGAAAGCGGAGAAGGACGAGAAAGACUCGCUCGCGAUGUACCAGCAGAAAAUUGUUAGCACUAAGGCGGCGGACACGGCCGUGAAAGCGUCGAACGUGAUAGCGCAGCAAAAGCUGGCCGUGCAGCGCAGCGCGAAGGCGGUUCUUAAUACGAAGGUGGCGCUUCGCGCGAGUCAGGAGAAGACGGUGGGGGCGCUGACGACCAGGUUUAACUCGUUCAAGGCGAAUGCGGAUAACGCGGAGGCUGAUGCCAACAAAAAGGGGUUGCGGAAUGAAGAAGGGGUGUGCGUGGGAGGGAGGGAAGUGAUUUGGUAA